AUGUCUCACACGAUGGGAUACGGCGUGGCGCAUGCACAGCCGGGGCAGGGGCCGCAGCAGCAGCGGAUUGCGCCCGCCGCGCUCGAGGCGUAUCCCGCUCGCGUGGACAGCAGAAACGAGAAUAGCGCUGGUGGCUUUACUUACGGCGGGGUGGCUGGGAAGAGGCCCGGCCUUGUGUGCCUGCCGCCGGAGACCCUUGCCUUGUGGGGCCUCGCCAAGCGGCUGCCCGAAGAAACGCCCGAGGAGGGUCCACCGCGGUUUCGUCGGGCCCCCUUCCCUGCCGCUGCUGUCGCUGGCGAGGCGGGGGCCACGCGCGCGGUGGCGGCGGUCGCUCUCACGCCCAAGCAGGAAACGCCACUACCGCUAGGGAUCUCGCCCCUCCGUCUGCGCAGCCCUGCCCAAAGCGGCAACCAACUAGUGCGGGACCCACUGGAGGUCCUGCAGUUGUACUCACGGCGCUGCGAGGAAGUGGAGUCGCGGACGGGGGGCGUCCCUCAAGCGGGGGCCCAGGAAAGUGGGACGACCCACGCUGCCCGCGCUGUCCCAGACACUCGCGCCGUUUGGAACGGGCAUCACGAAGUAGGACAAGCUGCUGCAGAGCGCAGCGCGGUGGCUGAGGCGUGGGCGCAGCGUUACGCACUGCCAACUGCGUACCCGCAGGCAAAUCAAGCCCCACCCAAGAGCAAAGCCGCUGCUGCAGCCACGCUGCGUGCCAAGAGGGCGGAACGCGUCUUCAACACUAAACGAAUUGGAAAAAGCGGUGGGAGAAGUUGGAAAGGGACGAACGAGAUGGAGAAGCAGUUCCCGGUGAAGCAACCGAGCCCGAGUCGUGUCGUUUCCUGGCCUGCGUUUGGUAGUGCGCCGGUGCGAGAAUCCCACAGGAUGCCGCGGCUGACGGAGUUAAGGGCAUUUGUCGCUGGGAAGGAAGGGGCCCCUCCGCCGCGCGCCAGGGUGGGACAUUUGCCCGCGAAGAAGGGUAUACCGUCGCGUACCCCCGCCCAAGUUAACUCGCUGUCGUCACGGCUGGAAGAACUAAGGCAGCAUGUAGAAAAGUACAAUGCGAGCAAAGAGCAGAUGGCGGCGCGGCCACUGCCGCUCCAAAACGUGGACAUCGCACAAGGUUCCGUGGCGGGCUGGAGUGCUGCUGCCCAAAGGCCUCUUGCCCCUGUCGCGACUUCGGCGGCGAAGAUGCAACCAUGCGGUGUCGCUCGUGGAAUGGUUUCUGAAGCCAGUCCUCACGGACCCCUCCAAUUUCCUUGUAAUGCAGGACGCGGCGUCGACGCGUUGGUGUCUCCUGCGCCUUUGGCUUCCAAUCGUAAUCGCCCUCAUUUCGUGUUCGACACGUGUAGCUUGCUGCGGGCAGAUGAGUCGAUCCUGAGAUUGGCAUUGGAGAGAGGUGUGGUGUGUAUUCCCUUUGACGUCGUUGCGGAGCUGGAUGGCAUAAACAGGGGCAAGGGGAAUCGUCAGGGUGGGAAGGCGUACUCCAAGCAACGGCAGUUUGAGGCUCGACGGGUGCGCGACUGGAUCAGCGGGGCAAUUGAGAGUGGCGCCAACGUGCGGGUGCAGCGCCGCUGCGAGGUGGAGGCAUUGUAUGACCGCAAGGUUGCGACAAAGGAUGACUCCAUCCUGGGCUUCGCCGUCUUUCUGGAACAGCAGCAGCUUCCCGUGAAGUUCGUCACCAACGACAAGUUCCUCCGCGUGAAGGCAAUCGCGGAGCUGAAGGGAGCCGUCUACGACUUGGACGGAUUCGAGCGGCACCUCCUUUACUGA